CGCAUCAUGUCUGACGAGGAGGAAGUCUACUCGGACGAGGAAGAAGUGGUAGAAGAAGAGGAAGUUGAAGAGGAAGAAGAAGAGGAGGAAGCCGAAGAAGUCGAAGAAGAAGAGCACGAGGAGAAAGUCGAAAGACAUGAGAGAAGACGUUCCGAGCAUUUCGAACAUGGCGAAGGUGAGGAGGGACUUACCGAAGGGGAACAGGCCAUGCUUGCUGCAAAGAAACGUCAUGAAGAGGAAGAUAAGGCAAAACUCGAGAGUUAUGAAGAGAGAAGAAAGAAAGAGCGAGAAACCGAAGAAGAGGAAUUGCGUAUGCUGAAAGAAAAACAAGAGCGCAGAAAACUUGAGAGAGAACAAGAGGAAAAAGAGCAGGCCGAGAAGAGAAGACUGGAAGAUGAGCGCAGAAGAAAAGAGGAGGAAGAAAGGAAAGCCCGACAAGACGAAGAAAAGAGAAAGAAGGAGGAAGAGAAAAACAAAAGACAACAGAUGAGCUUCGUCAGUCAAGGAGGCCAAGGAAGAAAUUUCGUUAUCCCAACAAAGGCAGAGGGAGAUAAGUUUGGAAACAUCGUACAGGCAAAACAAGAGAUGGGCAUGACUAAAGAUCAGCAAGAGGAGGCCAAGAGGCAAUUCCUCGUUGGAAUUCGCAACAGCAUUCCCGAAGCGUCGAGUAUAGCGGAAAGUGACCUCAAGGCCAAGAUCAAGGAGCUACAUCAUCGCAUCUGCAGACUGGAAACGGACAAAUACGAUCUCGAAAAACGACACGAACGCCAGGAAUAUGAUCUGAAAGAGUUGAACGAAAGAUCGCGACAAGUAGCAAGAAACUAUACCGGCAACAAGCCAACGGCUGAUGCCACUGACCUCAAUGGUCGCCAUCCGCCUAAGGUGCAAAUUCUCUCCAAAUAUGAUCGACAAAUUGACCGCCGCAACUUUAAAGAAAGGCGAUCCGUAUACGAAAACAGAAAUGCCUUCCCUUGUUUCCCUGGUGUCCCUCCACCACCUACCAUUUUCGAGAAAAUCAUCAAGAAAUACGAUUAUGAAUUGCGAGAGGAAGAGGAAGAGGGCGAAGAGGUAGAAGAGUAUGAAUAA